UUUCUGGGCCUGGCCUGCCAGCCACAGACUCAGAGUGCAGGAGGGAGAGGCCGGUGGCACCAGGGUUGUGGGCCUGGCAGCAGCUGGAGCUCCAGGGCCCUACAGGGUAAGUUUGCCACCUUUAUUACCCGUCGGACCUCUAUUGGACAUCGGCCGACUGCAACAUAGGGUAGGGAGAGAGUGGCGGCUGGGGCUCUUAUAAGCUAGAAGGAAAGUAGAGAACGACCUCUCCUGUACAGGCUGCAAGACGCAGCAGGUUCUGCAUUCAAUUCUGUCCUAAGUGUGCCGAGUUGGCUGCAAUCAAAGGCUUCAAGGAUUCUGAACUGGGAGUGAUACAUGCUUUGUUAAGGACCCGAGUUUUCUCCUGUACGACUCCAGACUGGAAAGACAUACAUUUUAAAGGUCUCAGCAUUCAACUCAGGACUCCCUCUUAAGGCUUUCCCCCAACCCAUGGCGCUACCUGGUUCCUCACAGGCCCAGGCCUGGGACCUGGAGCCUCCCACUCCUACUACCGAGACCUCCUCGUCUUCCGGACUCCAAGAGCAGGAAGCAGCCGGGAGCCCCGUGGUAUCCGGGGGGCUUCCCUUGGAAAAGGUGAAGCGGCCCAUGAACGCGUUCAUGGUGUGGAGCUCCGCUCAGCGCCGCCAGAUGGCGCAGCAGAACCCCAAGAUGCACAACUCAGAGAUCUCCAAGCGCCUGGGCGCUCAGUGGAAGCUGCUGGGCGAAGAGGAGAAGCGGCCCUUUGUGGAGGAAGCCAAGCGGCUGCGCGCCCGGCAUCUGCGCGACUAUCCCGAUUACAAGUAUCGGCCGCGGCGGAAAACCAAGAGCUCUGGCGCCGGGCCUGCCCACUUCAGUCACGGAGGCGGCGCUCUGGCCUGCUCGGGGCCGCUCUGGGGGCCAGGAUAUACAACCACCCAAGGAAGCAGAGGCUUUGGGUACCAGCCCCCUAACUACUCGACAUCCUACCUACCCGGCAACUAUGGCUCUUCUCACUGUAGACCGGAGGCCCCAUCGCCGUGCUCCCCUCAGAGUGACCCUAGGUUCCAGGGGGAGCUUCUACCCCCAUCUAGCCCCUACCUACCCCCAGGGUCUUCUGCUCCCUACAAUCCUGGUGCCCCCAUGCCCCUAGCACACCUCUAACCAGCAAGGACUGUUCCCUUUAUCCCACCCAGAACCACCCCCAACCCCAGGCUGAAAAUUCUUUCCUGUGUUGGACCACAGUUCAGAGCCCUGCAGUUCUCCCAAGAAGCCAGGGCCAGCGAAACUACUAUGUAACACAAUUUUGUAUGAUGAAA